CAAAACAGAACGAUGGCGGCCUCCGCUGCGGUCCGGUCGAGCAUGGGGCUGACUUUGAGACUUUCUCGAGUUAUACCGGACUGUAGCACCUGUCCCAUCUACAGGUUGAAAGGCUGCGUGGGCAGCGCGGCCAGCUUUCAAAGACGGGGUUCCCUCGACAACUUCAAGACGAUAAAUCGACACUUGCAGACGAGUAUAGGUCUUUACCACAGUGAGGAAGGGAACUCCAACGCAGAAGACCCGGAGGAUGUGGUGAAUGUCGUGUACGUAGAUCGGUCCGGCAAGAGGAUUCCAAUUAAGGCCAAAGUGGGAGAUAACGUCCUGUAUCUGGCUCACAAGCACGGCAUUGAACUGGAAGGAGCCUGCGAGGCGUCACUGGCCUGCUCAACAUGUCAGGUCUAUGUGAGUGCGGACCAUUUUGACAAACUGCCAGAACCUGAUGAGAGGGAGGACGACAUGCUGGAUAUGGCUCCCUUGCUUCAGGAGAACUCCCGACUGGGAUGUCAGAUCUUUCUCACGCCAGAGCUGGACGGCAUGGAGCUCACCAUGCCCAAAGUCACCAGGAACUUCUACGUGGAUGGGCACGUUCCCAAACCUCACUGAGAAGAGGCGAAGAUGAUGAGAAAUUCUGGAAAAUUAAAAAAAAAAGAGAAGGGGGAGCACUGCGAGCUUAGACACCGCCGCGUGCUGGUUGAGUAAAGGGGUGACAACGAAGAGAUGCACGGCGAGGAUAGCAGAGUCCGUAGCAACUUUGAAAGACGCCUCGCAAACUGACAAAUUCCACGGUAAACAAACGACAUGGUUCUGCCUGCAGAGGAGAUCAGACAGAGCCAGACACUAUACGAGUCUGGGGUUACUUCCAAAGAGAUGCGGGGUGGCAUCACUGACGGUGUAUUUAAUUCUUUGGACAGUGCUCAGGCCAGCACUAUUCAAAAUCACAAGCUGCUCUUGUUCAAAUUCCAGACCAUUUUAAAGACAUGCCGUUGGCUUCAGACGUCGCACAUAAACAAAGCUGAUCUUUUUUUUCUGUUCAAUGGAACAUUCCUUUCUUAAAGCUCAUAUACGCACAAUUAUCACAGACUGAUGUUCUUGAUCCAUUUCUGCCGAUCCAUCAUUGUCACCCUGAUUCACUUGCCAGAUACUGGAUGCAUAUAGUUUACCUUCGUUCACUUGUAGUUGUUGUGAUGGCUAUUCUAUAUGUGCCAGCUGACGAUAGUUCUCUUAAAGCCAUGAAGUGAAGCCGGACACAGAAGAAGCAGAACUUUAUAUAUAAACAAUUCACUAGAAGUUAAAGAAUCAUAUUUUAGACAAUUGAAACUUACAUUUCACCUUAAACAUUUCAAAACAUGGUCAGGUGAUAUUUGUUAAACAUCAGAAGGAGGAUACAUUUUAAAGCACGUCCUCUCUCAUACCAGUGAUUAGGGGCCAUGAUUAGUUGAUGUGCUUCAGGUGUGCUUUGACUGAGAGCAGGUGGAGAGGAGUCCGUUAUGAAGCUGGUGGGCUAAAUGUUACAAUGUGAUGACUAUUCCACCAUCUACUCUGUACUUAUGUCUACUGUACUUGUGCAACUUACACACCACUGUAAGUCAAUUGUGUAUUAUGUCAUAGAAAUUGAAAAUUAUUUAAAGUUGUGCAAUAAAAUCAAUUUUAAAAGUUA